AUGGCUCUCACGAAGCUAAGUGUCAAGAUGCUUCUGCAGAUGAAGCCAGUUGGGAAGGAGCAAGAGUUGACAGAGAAAAACAAUGGCUUUCUCCAAAACAUCCAUGUGGCUGAAGGCGCAAUGCAGAAUUUACUAAGGGAAUUUACCAAAAUGGACCACAUCUUGGACAGAUCAGAUGAUGAGGACAUUUUCUCUGAAAACUCUCAAACUGACUUCCUUCAUGAUUUGGAGACUAAAAAAUGGGAUAUGUUGGAGCUGGAGGCUGGGCAUGACCAGGACCUGCAGAGUGAACAGGAUGAGCAAGGAAGAGAUCACGUUCAACAAGAAGAUCCCCAGGCGUCCGCAACUUUGCAGUUUUCAAAGGAGAACAUCCCUGAACGGAGUCAGGAGAACAUGUUCUUCCAGCUAAACCACUGGAAUACACAGAUGGGUCCACAAGUGAAAGAACUUGGAGCUGAUCACAUAGGCUGGAUGGAAAAAAUUAAAAGUAUUAUACAAAAAAUAAACCUAACAGAAAACACAGUGAAGAGCUUAUUAAGUGAGCUGAUGUCCCUGGAGGACCAAAUUGAAAAGCUGAAGUCACACCAGGACCUUGACUCUGAUCAGGGGGCAAACAUCGAGGUAAAUACUUGUAAUGAAGCUCAUGAAUUAAAGGAAAAACUCGUUGCAAGAAUAGAGAACUUUUGCAAGGACAUAACUCUGCUGAAUACAAAGUUGGGGAUGUACCAAAUGCAAGAAGGGAAAACAGACUCUCAGAGUCCUGAAGAAAUGGGAAUGGAAGAAAGGGAGCCCCUGCUUCCUCAGGCUUCACCACCCCCCUUAGGGCAGAACUCUCCUCCCUGCAUUACAAUGUGGAAAUGUGCACUGAGGAUUUUCAUCAUGUAUGUCCUCACCUUCACUGGACUUUCAUGUUACAUACUAUGUUUUGAUGCUACGUUUAUCUUUGGAAAGGUGCUCCCUGCAAUGCUUGGGUGCCGCAGAAUGUGGGAACUGCGGGAGAUUAUUGCCCCUUUCUUGAAUUUGGAAGUGGAAGACUUGUUACCCUCCUAA